CAGCGCUUCUGUCAACAAAGGCAGUGCGGAAGGUCGGGGUUGCUUGUGAAGGAACGUCGCUUGUCAGUUGUGAUGUAAACAUUCGAGCUGUUUGUUGGAAUCACAACGGAAUAAAAGCACAGUCGGAGGUGGUUGGAGUCUCUUCUGAGCUAAGGAUGCCGUUCUUGGGACAGGAUUGGCGCUCCCCGGGAGGGUGUUGGGUGAAAUCCGAGGAAGGGUGGAAACGCUCGCAGUUUUACCGGGAAGUGGAUAGUCACGGGGAAAAGCAGGUGUGCACACGAUUGCAAGAACAGCUCAAUGGAAAUAACAUUGUUGAAGACUGUGAGGUAGUAGCAAAAAAGAGGAAGAAGGAUCAUUUUAAUAUCAACACACAAAACUUCUAUAAGGAAAAGUGGAUCUACAUUCAUAAAGGAAGUACUAGAGAAAGACAUGGUUACUGUACACUGGGAGAAGCUUUUAACCGUUUAGAUUUUUCAAGUGCAAUUCAAGACAUGAGAAGGUUCAACUACAUUGUUAAACUUCUGCAGCUUGUGGCAAACUCACAGCUAACCUCUUUGAGUGGAGUUGCACAGAAGAAUUACUUCAAUAUUUUGGAAAAGAUUGUUCGGAAAGUGAUUGAGGACCAACAGAAUCCUCGACUUAUCAAAAAUCUUCUGCAGGAUCUGGCUUCUGCUCUCUGUAUCCUAAUCCGUGAAGUGGGAAGGUGUGUCCUAGUUGGGAACAUUAAUAUCUGGGUUUACCGCUUGGAAACCAUCCUGAAUUGGCAACAUCAGCUAAAUAAUCUGAAGAUUACCAGGAGAAUAUGUAGUGGUGUGACACUGAGUGACCUUCCACUUCACAUGCAGAGAAGCAUUCUGCACAGGUUUUCUGAUGGCCUGGACAUUAUCAGUUUGGGACAGGUGACUUCCACUUUGCAUAUGCUUAGUGAAGAUAGAUAUCUGUGGAAAAAACUUUGCCAGUACCAUUUUCCGGAAAAGCAGUUUUGUAGACACUUGAUUUUGACCGAGAACGGUUGUGUUGAUUGGAAGCUGAUGUAUUUCACACUUCAGAAGUACUGUCCGAAAAAGGAGCAAUAUGGAGAUGCCCUUCAAUUCUGUCGCCAUUGCAGUAUUUUGUUCUGGAAGGACUACUGCCUUGCUUUACUAUUCAAGGAUACAGGCCAUCCCUGUACAGCCAACAAUCCUGAAAGUUGCUGUACACCAGUGUCGCCUCAGCACUUCAUAGAUCUCUUUAAGUUUUAAGUGGAACUACUGAUGCUUUAAGGCUUUUAUGUUCGAUAGCCUUGAUCAUUUCUCAUACGAGAGCAACCAAUUUGCUUCCUUUUCUUCUGCAAUAUGUUUUUCAUUAAUUUUUUUAAUAUCCAUAUACUACCAAAAUUAAAUGAAACUAAUGUAGGACAUUUCCAAUAUCUGCAUGUUUUGAUUCCUGAUUUGCAUUAAUAAAGUUAGAAUUCAUUUUCAACAUUUUUGUGCACAAUUAUCAUAUUUCAGGCUAAAUGUAAAAGCGAAACAUUGUUUUAGCUAUUUUUAGCAAAAACAAAUACAUGCUAUCAUUUUCACCCACAGCACACCUUUUGGAUAAAGCAUUGGACCCUAAACAGCAUUUUUGUAUGAAUAAUAUUUUUUUAAGUUGCAGUUGUAUGAGUAAAACUGUUCCUGCUUAUGAUUCAUUGUGUAUUUAAUAUAUUUUUUAAAAAGUAUAAUGUAAUGAAGUGCAUUAUUUUGUUAUGUCACUCCUGCUGCUUGUAAUUUUGCAGAUUUUGGUGAUCCAAGUACAACAUUGUAACACGUUUGA